GUGGGUAUAAGACUGUUUGCAUUCUCUUUCACAGGGAAAAGUUCCAGCUUCUUAGACAGGGAAAUUCGAAUGGUACUUGUAGGAAAGACUGGAGUUGGUAAAAGUGAAACAGGGAAUACAAUAGCUGGAGCCGGAAAUGUGAAGAAGAUAUUCACCUCAUUGGCAAGAGCAAUGUCUGUUACAAAGAAAUGUAAACAGCAUUCCUUUAAACGCUUUGAUUACGACUUGCAGCUUGUUGAUGUCCCAGGUUUUUGCGACACAGGAAGAUCACACGACGAUAUCAAGGAAGAGAUAAUGAAAUGUGUAGCUAUGUCAUCUCCUGGAAUACACGCCAUUCUUUUCAUCGUGAAGAUAGGAAGGUUCACUGAAGAGGACAUUAAUACACUUGAAAGAUUCCUGCGCUGCUUUGGAGAAGAAUCAAAACGAUUUGUGAUUGUUGUAUUUACUGGAAAAGAUGACUUGGAUGCGGAUAAUGAUACUCUUGAAAACCACGUAGCUGACUGCCCAGUGACACUGAAGAAGUUUUUAUUUGAUGUAAAUCAUCGAUGUAUUUCUGUCAACAACAGGGGGACGGAUGCAGAGAAGGAGAAGUUUACCAGAGACCUGAUAGUCAUGAUACAAAGCAUGGUUAAUGGCAACGGCGGCAAGUGCUACACAAACGAGAUGUAUGAGAGGUGUGAAGCUAUUCUUCGAGAAGCUGAGAAGAUAGAAAAACUUGAAGGGAAGAGGCAGAAGCAUUUCGAGGAGAAACUUAAGCAAGUAUCUGCUGCCUAUGAAGAAAAGUUACAGAGCCAGAGUUUAAAAAUGCAAGAAAUGGAGAGACAACUCGAAAAGACCGAAAGAAAAUCAAGGGAUACAACAGAUGAAAGAAAUGAGAUGAGAGAACGACUGAAAGCCUUACAGCUGGCAAAUGUAGAAGAAAAGAAGAAAGCUCUGGAAGAAGAAAAGAAACAGAUGGCUGAACAAAAGGAGGCAGCUGCAGAGGAAGAUAUGAGGAGAGACGUUCAGAAGCUGAAAGAUGUUCAGAGAACCAUGAGGGAAGAACAAGAGAGUAUGAGAGAAGAAAUGCGACAAGAAGAAGUUCGGAAACAGAUACGAGAGAAAGUUGAAGAGGACAACAUUGAAUUCCUUGGAACUACUUUUAGAUUGAUAAAGAAAGUGUUCACUUCAUUCUUCUAGGUCUAUGAUAAAGAUCUACAAAAUGUAGAUUUUCAGUGAUUCAUUACUAUUUUGCCUUUGAGGUGAAAUCUGAAUUGCAGUUAAUCAAGACUGAUGAUUCUCAGACGUCGAUGUUACUUUAUUAUAUAUUCAACAGAAUAGAUUGUGGUUUAUAUUCCUAAUAUAAAUUCCUGCAGUUCCAGCGUUUGAGGCUGACAUUUCAAAAAACGUGGGGAUAAUCGAGCAUUGCUCCUCAUUCGAAGAUUGCAAAGAGCGUCACACGACUCUUGCUAAAAAGUCUUUAAAUUAGGAUUGAAAUGAGGAACAUUUGUGGCUGGGUUUAUUGACUUCCACAAUAGUUACAUAGCAGCAGGGUUGUUUUUCAUUAAAAAAAUUCAGGCUCAGGGUUUCAUGGUUUUCAAUAUAAAUGUUUUAUCUAGCUUUGUAGCUGUAUCUGAAAAAAUAUAUAUCUAAUCUUGAUAUAAAAUACCAGACCCUCCCCUUCCUCACGCUUUUACUUAAAUAUCCAUGUGCAUGCAAGUGUUCGCGCGCACAUUCGUGUUUGUGCUUGUACCUGUCAAGACUUAUGCUGGUUUUAUAGUACUAGCAACAGUUUAACAUGGAUACCCCACUCUGGCUUAGUAAACUGACUAUGAACCGAUCAGUGUGUGUUAUAUAACCAGUUAAUGCUGAGUGCCAAGCAUGGUAGCAACUUUUGGUAUGGCGCGGCGAGCCGAUUGAACCAAUGACCUUACGCUCUCAUCACAGACUCUAUAUCCACUAGACCACAGCGCAAACAUGUCAUCAUGCUCCGAAAAUCGGUUCUUCCAGCCCUAUAUAUCACACCCUAAGUCAUGAUUCAGUGCCCUCCAUCGCGUGGUCUUCAGCCCAAUCCAAAUGUCACUGUCUGUGAUGUCGAGUCAGUUGCAUGCGAAUGCAUCCCCUCAGUGAACGGAGACCAGCCUCACGGAGACGAUUGUGCACUGUUUGAGUACAAACGUUAAAACCACUGGCGUUCCGCAGAUCAUUCCUGACUGAGGUGGCAGUCAUGAAGUGAUUAUGUGUUCCUGCUGUGUGGUGGAACUCUGUUCCAUGUCGCAGGGUAUCUGCAGCUGGUAUCUGCCUAAUUCUUUGGUUGUCAAGCGACUUCUUUGAGGGGGCAUAAGUGAAUUCGGUUGUUGCAAACCCAGUAGCAAAUGUCGAUGUGCUCUCUGAUAAUGAUGUGCACAGAUUCUGUCACAAUACGAAUAAACGCUCGUUUUCAAACACCUCAUGCACAUCUUGCCAAUGACUGCAUGCCUCUGUACAUGAGAUACUUUAGGGGUAAUCCAAUCAUUGUGUACAGGGAUAUUACAAUGUUAAUUUGUCGGAUGAUAUUAUUUUAAUAUAUAUCAUCAAAACUAAAUCCUUAGCAAACUUUAAGUAGUAUAAAUCAAGAGCGGUUAAAUGUUAAACAAUGUGUUGAGUUUCAUUGUUUUUGAUUUUCUUCUCAUUUAAAGAUUACUUUGUUAAAUAAAUUUAUAAAAAAUGUC